ACCGGUACCGAGCGUGCCGUGGAUGACGUUUUGCCUUGCUCACUCUAUCCUAAAGCCAGCUCCCUAUGGCUCGGGGAGUGCAAGUGUGAUCUCACCAGAGCUAUUGUGCGAUCACUACUAGAUAGCCUGGCAUAUACUCUCUCAGUCACCAUCCUUAUUUGGUCCCAAAGCCUCGAGCGUUGAGGCCUACGUGAGCACCAUGGAUUUUCAAGACGCUGCGGCUCAACCGUCGCAUUCCCGUCGAGCCCAGCUCGGAGGCUAUCUGCCUAUCGAGGACUAUGGCAUGAUCGGCAACAUGCACACGUGUGCCUUGGUAGGCUUGGAUGGGAGCAUCGACUACAUGUGUUGGCCUGUCUUUGACUCUCCUACGGUCUUCUGCCGCCUCCUGGAUAAAGACAAAGGCGGUUACUUCAGCAUCGCUCCCCGAGCUGGCCUCAACUGUACGACGAAGCAGCACUAUCUGCCCUCAUCAUGUAUCUUGCAGACUCGUUACAUCCACGAGGUUGGCGUGGUGGACCUUGUGGAUUUCUUCCCUCGUCCAAAGAGUGCCCAAGUUAUGACCAGGGAGUACAAGCAAAGUGCCUAUCGUGAGGCGGCACCGGUUCAGGAAGAAUUGAAAAAGUGGCUUGUCAGAAGGGUUGAAUGCAUUCGUGGAGAACUCGACAUGGAUGUCGAGAUCUUCCCAGCCUUUGGGUACGCAAAAGAUCCUCACAUAACAACCCUCCUCCAUGAACGUCACACAUCACAUAUGGAAGAGAGUAAAGUGGCCACUUUCCACAGCAAGGAUGUCCAGUUCCAACUCGAUGUUGCUGUUGAAGAGGAUGAAGACGUGAAGAGCUGCCCCAUGAUAUCGUUUAAAAAGGUUCGCAAGCCUGGGAUGCUAGGAGAGGGUCUUGUGGCACGUGUCAAGGUGGUUGAGGGUCAGGCCAUUUCCUUCAUUUUGCGCAAAGACAUGGACAAUCACAUUGCGAAGCACAUCACAGCUUUGACUGUUGAUGCUCAACAGCACGACACACAAGACUUUUGGUCCAACUUCAUCAAGCAGUCCCAGUACAGAGGUAGAUGGAUGGAGGUGGUAUCGAGGAGUUUGAUGAUCCUCAAAAUGAUGACCUAUGAACCGACGGGGGCUAUUGUGGCCGCGCCGACGUUCUCUAUCCCUGAGGAUGUCGGGGGCGUGCGCAAUUGGGAUUAUCGAUACACCUGGAUCAGGGACUCGAGCUUCACAAUCUACAUCCUGCUGCGCCUGGGUUUUCGAGCCGAGGCCGACGCGUUCAUGGAAUUCAUCAUGGAGAGGUUUACCCAGUCUAGGCUUCCGGACGGUGGCUUGCCCAUCAUGUUCACCAUUCACGGUGGAACCGAUAUCCCGGAAAUCACGCUGGAUCAUCUCGAGGGAUAUCGAGGCAGCCGUCCUGUUCGCAUCGGCAAUGGGGCAGCUUUCCAUCAACAGUAUGAUAUCUAUGGCGAGCUGAUGGACACAAUCUACUUGCACAACAAAUAUGGCAAACCGGCACCUUGGACUGCGUGGAAAGCUGUUCAGGAGAUUCUAGACUAUGUUUUGACUAUACUUGGACAACCGGACAUGUCGAUUUGGGAAGUCCGGGGCCACAGGCAGCACUUUACCUACUCGCAGAUCAUGCUAUGGGUGGCCUUUGAUAGAGGCUUGCGCCUCGCGGAUAAGCGCUGCUUCCCUUGUCCGAACAGAAACGCUUGGUUGAAGGCGCGAGAUGACCUGUGCGAGGAAAUCAUGGAUAAAGGGUACAACUUGGAGAUGAAUUCAUUCAUCCAAAGCUACGAAAGCAACACCACUCUUGAUUCCUCAAUCUUGAUUGCGCCGCUGGUGUUCUUCAUCAGCCCUUGCGAUCCCCGCUUCCUGAAGACGCUGGAUCGAAUACUCUUGCCCCCUGAUAAGGGAGGACUCACCAGCACCGGUCUCGUUUAUCGCUAUAACACCGACCUCGCACAGGACGGUAAGUCCGAUCUUCCACUCCUCCAGAGAAAAUACAGCCUUAUUUCAACCCUUGAACCACUAACUGUGACAGGCGUGGGCGGGCGCGAAGGUGCCUUCAGCAUGUGUACGUUCUGGCUUGUGGAGGCCAUGACCCGCGCCAGUGUCUACGAGCCAAAGUACAAGGCUCGUGCCGUCAGUCUGUUCGAGAACAUGCUCGGGUUUUCGAACCAUCUGUGCAUGUUCUCUGAGGAGAUUGCCAGGAGUGGAGAGCAGCUUGGAAACACGCCCCAGGCGUUCAGCCACAUUGCUCUGCUCAGCGCGGCGUUCAACUUGGAUCGAACGUCGGAUGAGCGCCCAUAGCGUCGAGGAACGAGUUUCGGCGUGACCCCCCCGUCAUGACGCAACAUUCGGGGUGCUCGUGUUUGAUCAACUACGCUCGCU